AUGUUCUCAUUUAUUAUUUGUAUUUUGGGAUUAACUCAAUUGAUAGCAGGUUCAGCUUUCACAUUUAUAUUAGGAGCCAAUGAAAAAUCAUGUUUUUAUGUAUUUACUGAAAAGCCAAAAAUUCCAAUUAGUUUCUAUUUUGCUGUUCAAAGUGGAGGAUCAUUUGAUGUUGAUUAUGUUAUAACUGAUCCAAAUGGAAAUAAAGUUAUGGAAGAUACCAAACAAAGACAAGGAGAUUUUGUAUUUACUGCUGAUUAUACUGGAGAAUAUGAAUUUUGUUUCUCAAAUACAAUGUCUACAUUUGCUGAAAAAAUUGUUGAUUUUGAAAUCAAAUUUGAAAAUGAUAAUGAACAAAAUGGUGAUAGUAAAUUUAAAGCUAAUUUACCUAAUCAACCAAGUGGUAAAUCUUCGACUUAUGUUUGA